AUGGACUCCGCAAAGCCACAAACCAACGGAGAUCCAGGGGCAAAAGACCUUGAUGUGCUGAUCAUUGGCUCUGGCUUCGGAGGGUGCUACGCUCUGUAUAAGCUUCGUGAGCUCGGGCUCGCCGUCCACGUUUUCGAAGCAGGCUCCUAUUUAGGAGGUGUCUGGCACUGGAACACGUAUCCUGGGGCCCGGGUUGACUCGGAGAUCCCGUAUUAUCAAUUCUCGAUACCAAAAGUCUGGCGCAAUUGGAACUGGUCCGAGAGAUUUCCCAGCGGGGACGAGCUGCGGGAGUAUUUCAAGCACGUCGACCACACAUUGAAUCUGUCCAAGGAUAUCUCCUAUUCCGCCAAUGUGGUAGACGCGCGAUACGAUGAAGCCAGUGCCAAAUGGACGGUGACCACCGAAAAUGGCCAGAAAGCAGUUUGCAAAUACCUGAUUUGCGCCACGGGCAGCUCGUUCAAACCCCAUUAUCCCAAUUUCAAGAACUUGAACCAAUUCCAAGGUCAGUUGAUUCACUCUACGCGGUGGCCGGAGGCUGCAAACGCGAAGAACAAGCGGGUCGCCAUUAUCGGCUCAGGCGCGACUGCGGUGCAGUGCACACAGGAGAUCGCAAAGGUGGCCAGCCAUUUGACUGUCUUCAUCCGGACCCCCAGCAUCUCAUUACCCAUGUUCCAACGGACCCUUAGCGAUCUGGAACAGCGCGUGAAUAAAUCCACGUAUCGCCGCAUGUUCGAAUACUGUCAGCAGUCCAAGUCGGGCUUGGGAUACGACUCGCAGCCGGGCUCGGUCUUUGACCUCAGUGAUGCCGAGCGUGAAGAACUAUGGGAGGAACUCUGGAAUCGAGGAGGCUUCAACUUUAACCAGGCCAAUUAUCGAGACUUCAUGGUCGACCCGAAGGCGAACAAAUUGAUGUAUGACUUCUGGGCGAAAAAGACACGUCCGCGGAUCAAGAAUCCCGAGAAGGCGGCCUAUCUCGUGCCAGAAAUCCCGCCGUUUGCCUUUGGAACAAAACGAAGCAGUCUGGAGCAAGACUAUUAUGAACGCCUCGAUCAGCCCAACGUGGAUAUUGUGGAUCUGAAAGCGAACCCCAUCCAUGAAUUCACCACGAAAGGGAUCAUUUGCAAAGACGGGAUCGAACGCAAGUAUGACACCGUCGUCAUGGCUACCGGCUUUGACGCUAUGACCGGCAGCUUGACCAAUAUGAAUAUUCACGGAAGAGACGGCUUAACCUUCCAGGAACGAUGGAAAGACGGGGUGUACACCCAUUUGGGUCUGUGUAGUAGCGGGUGCCCAAACCUCUUCUUAGUAUAUGGACCUCAAGGUAAGCUCUUAUUUUGUUGUUUAAUAGCACCUACGGCAUUUACAAAUGGGCCAGUUUUUAUCGAAAGCCAGGUCAAUAUACUCAUCGAUCUCAUCCAAAAAUUUCAGAGUGAGGGCAUCAAGUCUAUCGAGGCGCAGCACAGUGCCGAAGAACAGUGGAAGGAUGCCAUUCAAAGGGCUAAUGACAAGACCUUGAUGCCGCUGACUGAUUCUUGGUACAUGGGCGCGAAUAUCCCUGGUAAAAAGAGGGAGCAGCUGAACUACUUGAAUGGUAUCGAGCAGUAUGUGCGUGAGUGUCGAGAGGCCCUGGCAACUUUACGGGGGUUUGUUGUGACCUAUAACGAUAGAGUCCGCAUUUGA